AUGGCGCGGUUGUACAGCACCGCAGCUUUGGCCGCGCUGCUCAACAGCUUCUUUGUUCGCGCCGACAGAUCAGACGCACUGAGCAAUUCGCCAGACCCCAGCAUCAUUGCUUCAUACACGAAAGCACUCAACAGCUCGCUACCAACCGCGGGAUCUGGUCUCCAGUAUGCACUGGCCUGCAAUAAUAUCAAGAACCUAUGGAUGGAGGACGGCGGACCGGAAGCCGAGAUCACCAGCAGUCCCAACUUUACUCAGGUUGUCACUGCCGUAGAGACCUCAGUGACAUACAGCGUUGUUUCCCUGGCGAGUACGCACACCUACUUCAGCAACUCAACGCCAUAUACGCUUUGUGACGGGUACCCGCGCUAUGAUGGCUAUAUUAACACGACCCACUCCGCGACGAAGGCGUACUCCACGAGCAUUUAUACGACGCUGAACUCAAGCACAAUAUACAAUCCCGCCACAACUCCGAUACCUGCUCCAGUGUGCACAAUCAACCCGAGCGACUGUUCGGUGCUGAAUAGCAUGUACAAUGCUACCGCGUCAGCCUACAGUUCAUCUUCCUCGGCAUGGUCGUCACAGUACUUCUCUCAGUGGAUCACGCAAGGAUUAACGACUGGAAAGUCAACCGGUCCGAUCACCACAGUUCCAGGGCCUCCCUCGUACACCAACAUCCCUUCGCCAGUAUGUGGGCCUGCAACAUACCGAACAUACUACGAGGUUGUAGGGGACCCGGUAUGUGCCAUUGGUCAGGCAUCUGUGCAGUUACUGUACUGGCCAGUGGAGACUUCUUCGGGGAAUUUCUGCAAUGGAUCUAAGACCACCAUUCCAGCGACAGAAACCAUAACUGGGAAGCCGAACACUGCGGUCUACAACGAUGUCACCCUUACCAGCCCAACCGUCUACCUAAGUGUACAAGGCGUUUGGGACUUCACAAGUAACGGUGUGACGUACACGAACCAGACGGGUAUUCUGCUCCCGCAAAGCUCCACAGCAGUAUCAAGCUUCUGUGGCGUGGUCUCGGAUGCAUUCGAUGAUAGCGGAAAGCCACAGCCGGUCGACUAUGCCAACUUCAACUAUCCAGUCCCUGCAUCUGCGUACAGAUGCCAGCCAAAGUGCUGGUCUCAGCCCAAGAGUACCUCCUCUUCUGUUUACACGAACAUUUACAGCGGAUCAACUGAAACUUAUACCAGUAAUACAGUAUUCACAAGCCCUGCCAUCAACGUCUGCAGCACUAUCUGGAAUGACUACGCACCUGCACUUUCAGUUCCCACCGACAUCUUUGCCAUGAACGCGGCUACCAAUCUCGGCGGAAGCUUCUCCUGCGGGUUCAUUCUGGACAAGGCUAACGUCCUGUGGGAUCCUCCGAUUGCACUCUCAGCACAAGCGACGUUGGAUGGACCUUCGACGCCACAUGCGCAGUCCGCGACUUCAACGACUUCUACUGUCAGCGUCACUGCCGAACCUGCAAACUCGCCCGGUAAGACUACGGCGACUUCGACUCCUCCUAGUGCUGUAGUGCCAACGAGCACUGCUAGCCCGCCCCCGGCCCCGCCACCUGCUUCAAGCCAGACCAGCCUGCCACCGUCUGCCACGUCCGUGGCUGAUCCUGCUCAAGGCUCAUCCGCUCCGAGCCAGGCCAACAAGCCGUCCUCGUCGACAUAUAUAGCUGAUCCAGCUCAAGGAUCGCUGACAAAAACGUCAACCUCGACCGUAACAGCUGCUGUGGGCGGCAUCAUUGCCAGCAUCAUAGGUCUAUCCUCUCAAGGCUCGCCUGCCUCGAACAAUGGUCAGCAGGCAAACCCGUCUGCUCAAGGGACUCCCGUUCAGUCGAGCAAUGGCAAUAUCAAUCCUGCAGGAGUGGUCGCAUCAGUACUAGCACACUCGUCGGCAGUUCUACAGCAGUCAAGUAAUCUUGUCGACCCUGUCUCGGCGGCAGUGACCGGUAUAAUUGUCACCGAUGGGUCCGGCGGACAUCACACUGCUAUAGCAGGUUCGUCUGGUCUGGUCAUCGGGGCCACGACUGUUGAAUACGGCCAGUCAACGAGUCUUGCUGGCAUUGGCAAUGUAAUUGCAGCUUCCACUGGCAUCGUUGUGCAAGGUACAACUGAAGCAUAUCAGCCCUUGCCAGCUUCGCAAGGGGUUGCAGACCCGAGCUUACGAUAUACUGCCGCUGGAGUCACUGUUCCAGCUGGAGAGACAGGUCCUGUUGCGAUCGCCUCGGGCUUGACGUUGACACCUGGCGGUGCUCCUAUCACCGUGUCAGGCCACGCACUGUCUUUGGCACCCUCCGGAUCAUACCUUGUGGUGGAUGGCUCUACACAGAGACCUGCAGCUGUGUCCUCCGCUUCUGCUGCGGCACUCAUCAGUGCAUUUGUGGUUGGAAGUGCGACAAUUCUUGCUGGUGCGACCACACCAGUUAGCUUUCCACUGGUUUCCACAUCGGAUGCGGUACUAAUACCUGGUGGGCCAGCUGUGACCAUUUCUGGCGAGGUCUUGUCGUUGGGACCAUCAGGAUCGUAUCUCGUGGUCAAUGGGAGUACCAUCAUGCCUACCUCGCUUGCAGCCUCAGCUUCCGCUCCUAGGAGCAGCACAAUUCACUCCACAUCAGGCGUUGCCUCUGCUCAGAGUAGCGGGACAGCUGCAUCGACCUCGCCGGGGUCAGCGCCGGCACAAUCCUCAACCUCGACGUCCGAUGCGGGUCAACACGUCUACAGCGCAAUACCAUACAUGUCGAUAGUGUUGGUGUUGGGUAUUCUUUAUGCUUAG